AUGGCGUCUGAAGUGUCUGUACUGACGGUGCAGCUCCCGGCUGAGCAUACAUCGACUCAACUUGAUACCCGCCAGUUCACCAAGCUGCGCUUCCCGUCCUCGCUCCCGCAGCAGCCGCAGCCUCAGCAGCUUCAUCCGCACCACCAGCAUCGCCAAUUGCGGCCUGCAGACGCCCACGGCCGCCGACAUGACCUCCUACGGCCCUCCGACAGCCCUCGCAGCCGCAGCCCCAGAGGAGACCGCCAUCACCAUGACCCGUCAGCACCAGCACCAGGUCUAGGUCCAGGAAUGCCCAUUGCCCGAAUCCGCAGCCGCGAGAAACUGCUGCCUACUCCCCCCGGCAUGCCCACACAACGAUACUACCGUCCUCGCCCCCAGCACCACGGCCACGGCCACGGCCAACCAAGCAAACCAUCUUCCGCCUCUUCUUCUCCCGGCGCCUCUCCUCCACGGCCCAGACCCAUAAGCUACUCCUCCGCCGGAUCGCAGUACUCAGAUCCCAACCAGCGCGAGCCCUCCUCCACCUCCAGCUCGCCUCUCUCUCGCACCCCCGUCUCUGCAUCAGAACUAGACCAUCCUCCCACAGCCACUUCUAGACCAAAAAGCAACGGCUCUACAUCCAACCACUCCACCGCCUCCUCGUCUUCGUCCAGCGCUCCCAAGAACCAGAAAGUAGAGUACCAUACGCCGCCACUGACCAACUCGCAUUUCUCAUGCUACCAUUUCCACAAGACGUUCGUCAGAAGCCCGAACGUGCUGUACCCGCUUACAUGCAUGACCUGUCUCAAGGCCGAUCAGGAACUACGCUGGCGAUGCGUCUUCUGCUGUCUGCGUAUCUGCGGCGAUUGUCUGGGCGGCAUCAAGGCGUGCAAGGACAGAUCGCUGAUCGAGUUCAUGGAGAAGCUGGUCAUGGAUCUCGAAGCCGCUGGCUCGACUCCUACUGAAGAAAAGCAGGAGGGGGAGAUCUCGGCUACUGAUACGUCUGUCCCUGAGCCUGAGCAUGCGCCUGAACCUGAACAUGUUCCUGGAUGUAGCGCGGGACAGGAAAGUACAGAGAAUCCGCAGGUUUAA